AUGUCUGGUUCAUCCAGUGUCGCAGCUAUGAAAAAAGUGGUUCAACAGCUCCGGCUGGAGGCCGAGCUCAAUCGGGUGAAGUUCUCCCAGGCAGCUACAGAUUUGAAACAGUUCUGUCUGCAGAAUGCUCAACAUGACCCUCUGCUGACUGGGGUAUCUUCAAAUACAAAUCCCUUCAGGCCCCAGAAAGUCUGUUCCUUUUUGUAG